AAAAAUAAAGGAUAUUACACGUCGUGCUCGGCGCCGGUGCGGAGCGGCUGCGGAGGGGAGGCUGCGGGACGGGAGAUGCGCGGGACAGUGCUGUGUGAGUCAGACGCAGGGAUGGCACUUGCAGAACCAGUCCCCGUGGCUUAUUGCAAUUCAGCUCCUCAUGGGAACUGUGAGGUGAUACUGGAAGAUGCACUGCUCAACUCUUCACCCAGAAUUGCUGAGCCACGCAACAACGAGCCAGGGGAAGAUUCCAAGAUGGAGACAUAUCAGGUGAACUCACUCAGUCCCAAAGCCUCCUCCCCUCCUGCCUCCAGCUUGUGGACRACACGUCGUGAUGGAGAGGUCAAGCUGAGGAUGGAAGAACACGGCAUAGGCAGCGAGGCACCAAAAACUGUGCACCAGCUUUUACAGGAAUGUGCCAAUAAAUACAGCGACUACUACGCCCUUGCAUCCAAAAAAGAUGGCCAGUGGGUAAAGCUGACSUAUAAGAUGUACUAUGACGAGUGCUGGAAAGCAGCCAAAAGCUUUCUGAAGCUGGGGCUGGAGCGUUUCCAUGGAGUGGGCAUCCUGGGAUUUAAUUCUGCAGAGUGGUUCAUUGCUGACAUUGGAGCUAUCCUUGCAGGGGGAUUUGCUGUUGGGAUCUACACUACAAACUCUCCCGGGGCCUGUCACUACGUAGCAGACAACUGCAGUGCCAACAUUAUCGUGGUGGAAAACCAUAAACAGCUGCAGAAAAUCUUAGAAAUUGAAGACAGCCUACCUCAUCUGAAGGCCAUUGUGCAAUAUGGRGAGGAGAUCAAAGAGAGGAGACCAAACCUGUACUCAUGGAGGGAGUUCAUGGAGCUGGGCAAGGACGUGCCGGACUCACGGCUCCGCGAGRUCAUCGCGUCCCAGAAACCCAACCAGUGCUGCACCCUCAUCUACACCUCGGGCACCACRGGCCAGCCCAAGGGGGUCAUGCUCAGCCACGACAACCUGACRUGGACGGCGUUGGCGGCCGGACGCUACGUCAUGCUGAGCGAUGCGCUGACCAGUCAGGAGCAGGUGGUCAGUUAUCUGCCCCUCAGCCACAUCGCUGCCCAGAUGUCUGACAUUUGGUCAGCCAUGACCUUCGGAGUGCAAAUUUACUUUGCCCAACCAGAUGCAUUGAAGGGCAGCUUGGUGGAGACCCUGCGGGAAGUGAGGCCAACUGCCUUUUUGGGAGUUCCUCGUGUCUGGGAAAAAAUGGAGGAGAAAAUGAAAUCUGUGGGCAUGAAAUCCUCAGCGUUCCGAAGGAGAGUGGCAUCGUGGGCCAAGGGAGUGGGGCUGCAGACCAACCUCAAAAGGAUGAAUGGGUACUCCGAGGUGCCCGUGAAUUUCCGCCUGGCCAAGCAGUUGGUGUACAAGAGGGUGCGCAAGGCCAUCGGGCUGGACCGCUGCACCAAGUGCUACACGGGGGCUGCUCCCAUCACCAGAGACACCCUGGAAUACUUUCUGAGCCUGAACAUUCCCGUGCUGGAGCUGUAUGGGAUGAGUGAGAGCUCUGGGCCUCACACCGUAUCCCUACCUCAUGCCUUCAAGCUCGGCAGCUGUGGGAAGGAGCUGACGGGCUGCCACACCCUGAUCCACAAACCAGACAGGGAUGGCAUCGGGGAGAUCUGCUUCUCAGGRAGGCACGUCUUCAUGGGCUACCUGAACAUGGAAGAAAAAACCAAAGAGGCCAUCGAUGAGGAUGGCUGGCUGCACUCAGGGGACCUGGGCAAGCACGACAAGGAUGGGUUCCUCUUCAUCACAGGCAGAAUUAAAGAGCUCAUCAUCACUGCAGGAGGUGAGAACAUUCCUCCUGUUCCAAUCGAGGAUGCUGUCAAAAAUGCUGUUCCCAUCAUCAGCAACGCCAUGCUGGUUGGAGACAAAGCCAAAUUCCUUGCCAUGCUUCUGACACUAAAGUGUGUGGUGGAUGUGGAAACGGGCGAGCCCGGGGAUGAGCUCACUCCAGAGGCUCUGGAAUACUGUCGGAAGCUGGGCAGCCAGGCCAGCACGGUCUCYGAAAUCAUCAGCAGCAAAGACCAGGCUGUCUAUGCCGCCAUCCAGAAAGGGAUCUCGGCCGUCAAUGAGGGAGCCGUGUCCAACGCYCAGAAAAUCCAGAAAUGGGUCCUGCUGGAGAAGGACUUCUCCCUGUUUGGGGGAGAGCUUGGCCCCACCAUGAAGCUGAAGAGGCCGGAGGUGGUUCAGAAGUACCGGGACCAAAUCGCUCGGUUUUACACGAACAUCGAGACCCCCACGGGGGAGCCCUCGGCUCAGCCGUAGAGCCCCGGACUGAAAGCGUUCCCGAGGCCACUCCCAGCUGCCCAGGAAGGAUUGCCUGGAUCCUGUUGAAAUAAAGAGGCUCAGCCACCAGGCAGCCCCUCGGCAUCGCUUCGCUGUCCAUGUCCUGGCCCUGCAGUGUGGUGAGCGUGGUCCUGCCCAUGUUCUCCCAUGUUUUGUGUCCCGUGCUGAGAUCUGGCAAAUAUCGCAACUUUGUAUUUUUUAUUUCCAUUUUUAUAAGGGCAAUACAAUGUUUACCUGAAAUCCACGUGACAUGUUACGUUCUAACCAAAGUUUUCUUUUCCUGAGAUGAAUGUAAAACAGGAGCUGCAAAUCAGGAGCUGCACUUUUCCUGCUGAGGGAGAAAGGCAGAUUUCAUUUUCCAGCAGCGUCCUCGCUCCCUGCUGCACGUUUCCCUGCAUGCUGAUGGAAUCCAUAUCAUUUUAAAUCUCCUUCCCCAAAAACCAUCCCUGUCUGAGAUGACAAAUGCUGUGUGACUACGCACAGCAGUGGAGGUGGAACCUCACAUGAACUGGGUUUGUCUGUGCAAUAUUUUGAGUUUGUUUUACCUUUUUGAGUUAUAAUGAAGCCAUAAAUUGUAUUGUUGAAGUUGUA